AGAUUUCUAUACGAGUAAACGCCAGAGACACUGUAAGUAGAAGGGAUUUGUAUGUGUCUUUCAUUUGAAUAAGAAUGGCUCAUUUUGUUUCCCUGCAAUAGUCAAAUUCAUCUUUAUUGUAUUUCCAUUACUUCUUCUGUUUGGUAAUAUCUUUCAAAAAAAUCAUAGUUUGAGUACAUCCUUAUUUUGCAUUGAGUGAAUGGAGGAAGUUACCUUCUUUUUGUCCUUUUAGAUAAAACAGACCUUUACAAUGCUUCUCAUACAGCUCCUGAUCAUUGCAUCAGUAACUUCGGCAGUCAUCACUGCAGGAGGCACCACGGCAGGAGGCACAACCGCCGGAGGAACCACCGCCGGAGGCACAACCGCCGCAGCAAUGGCCACCGCAGCCAAGACCACCGCAGCAAUGGCCACCGCAGCCAUGGCCACAACCAAAGCCAAUACAGCCGUUACGCCAGCGGCCCUGACAUCCAACUCAACAAACACAAACUCCACCACCAACACGGCAGCUUCCACACAUCCUGGGAUCACGUACACAAGUGGUCUGAUUGUGUGUCACUUCACCGUUGUUUUGUACAAGUUCAUCUUCACAGUGUAACCUGGCUGUGUUGCAUUUACCUCUCGAGAAUUGAGUCACCGCUAACAUUAAGUUUCCAUUUUAAUUUAUGUUUGAAAAUAUGACCUCAUAAUCAUUUGAAGCACUUGUGUUGAUAGAUUUAGACAAAAAUCUAGAUGAUCCAGUGUUCAAAUAUUCAAUUUGAAGUUUCUUUUUUAAACCAACAAUAGCUCAGUUUGUGUGUUUUUAGUUUCAGCCCCUCAUCGUAUUUCAUCUUUUUCUUUUCAGUUUUUCUACCCACUUAAAGCUCCUUUAAAAAGCCUUAAAACUAUACUAUAAGUAUGACCUCUUUCACAAACUGCAACACUGCCAAAAUGGUACUGUUUUCUUUUGUUUUACUCAGAGGGAUGUAAUUGUAAUGCCUUUGAAACAUUUUUCCUUUAAAUAAUGUAUAAAAUUAGAGUUUUCCUUUAAAAUGUUUCAUUUAUAAAAUAACACUAUUGACUUACAGUGGAUGUCCACAAUUUGAAGUUUCUUAGAGAAGUAACUGCUGAUCAAUCUGUCAUAUUACAGUUUAAAAAAAUAAAAAAUAAAGGCUUGGAUACAACGCUUGGCAAUAUGCAUGAACAAAUAUACAGUUAAUGUACAACCUAUCCUGACUGCAAAGCCUGUUUUACAUGUAUGUUUAUCUGAUUGAAUGCAAGAUAUCAUGAAAUGUUUCACCCUUGUUCAGAAAUGUAUAAAAUCAUAUUAGCCACAUUUUUCUGUAAUGUAU